AUGGCAUCUUCCGGAGGAUCUAAUGCUACUAAUGCUACUAAUGAAGCGGAUAGAUCAUUGAGGCGUGGGUCAAACGAUGUUGGAUGGGACUUUGCGGUGUUGGCGGAUCCACACAACUUAGAUAAGUUGAAGUGUAAGUUGUGUGGGAAGGUAAUUAGUGGUGGAAUACAUAGAAUGAAGCAACACAUUGCCAACAUCAAGGGGAAUGUUUCCUCAUGCAAGAAUUCUACGGAUGCCGAUAAAGCCAAAUGUAUAGCCGCAAUAGAGGGAGCAAAAAUUAAGAGAAAGCAAAAGGAUAUGCAUGAGAAGGAAGUGAGGGAAGAAGUUGAAGUUUCUCAAUCACAUGAUGUAGAAGAUGUAGAAAUUGAAGGGCCAAGUUUGUCAAGAAAAAGGCCGCACUUUCUUGGGCCUAUAGACAAGUUUGCAUCUUCAAUCACUCCCGAUUCUUCAAUUGAUGGAAGCAAGAAGAUGCGUCAACAAAACAUUAAUGAUGCCAUUUGGAAGGAAAGAACACAUAAUGUGCAUCAAUGGUUGGCUAGGUGGGUGUAUGAAGCCGGCAUUCCAUUUCAUGCCAUUGAUAAUGAUAGCUUCAAAAGAUUUGUAGAAGCGGUUGGUCAAUUUGGCCCGGGUUACCGACCUCCAACUCAAUACCAACUAAGAGAGCCAUUGUUGAAGGAAGAAGUUGAGAGGACUAAAAAUUCACUCAAGAAGCAUGAAGAAGAGUGGGCAAAGAAUGGUUGUUCCAUUAUGACCGAUGCUUGGAGUGACCGAAAAAGAAGAAGCAUUAUGAACUUGUGUGUCAAUUGCAAGGAAGGCACUACUUUUCUUUCUUCAAGGGAAGAUUCGGAUCAAUCACACACCGGGGCCUAUAUCUUUGAAUAUGUUGACAAAUGCAUUGAAGAAGUUGGGGCACAAAAUGUAGUUCAAGUAGUGACGGAUAAUGCUACUAACAAUAUGGCGGCGGGGAAUUUGUUGAAGAUAAAGAGGCCAAAUAUAUUUUGGACUUCAUGUGCCACUCAUACAUUGAAUCUCAUGCUUCAAGGGAUUGGUAACCAACCAAGAUUCAAAGGAGUGAUUGAGAAGGCAAAGCUAUUCACUAUCUUUAUCUAUGCACAUCACAAGACAUUGGCUUUGAUGAGGAAGCAUACAAAGAAAAGAGACAUAGUGAGGCCGGGAGUCACUAGAUUUGCCACUUCCUUCCUAACUUUGCAAAGCUUGAUGGAGAAGAAGAGUGAGUUGAGGUGUAUGGUUGCUUGUGAUGAUUGGACCGCUUGCAAACAUUCUAAGAGUGCCAAGGGGAAAGCGGCAUAUAAUACCGUAUUGAGCACCUCUUUUUGGAAUGGGGUAACACUUUGCUUGAAAGUGUUUGCUCCUUUGUUUAAGGUGCUUCGCCUUGUGGAUGAGGAUAAAAAGCCAUCAAUGGGCUUUUUGUAUGGAGAAUUACUCAAGGCAAAGGAAGACAUUAAGGAGGCAUUCAAACAUCAAGAGGCCAAUUAUCGGCCAAUUAUAGAGAUUAUUGAUGAGAAAGGCCGUGGUCGUCUUGAUAGUCCAUUACAUUUGGUGGCUUACCUCUUGAACCCCUAUUACUUCUACAAGGAUGAAAACAUUCAAUAUGAUCAUGUUGUCAUGGAAGGGUUCUUUAUUUGUGUGGAGAAGUUCUUUCCCGAUGACCUUGAGACCCAAAGUGUGGUGACAAAUGAAGAAUUGUUGUUGUAUAAGAGCAAAGGGGGAGGAUUUGGAAGAGCAUUAGCUAAGUUGGGAUGUGCAAAGAAUGAUGACAAGUAUGAUCCGGUUGGAUGGUGGUCCAAUUAUGGAAAUGCAACACCCAAAUUGCAAAAAAUGGCUAGAAGAAUACUCUCUUUAACUACAAGUUCAUCCGGGUGCGAGAGGAAUUGGAGUACUUUUGAGGGAAUCCAUACAAAGAAAAGGAAUAGACUAGAUGCUUCAAGAUUGAAUAAUUUAGUCUAUGUCCAAUUCAAUGCCAAGAUUAUCUACAAAAAGAGAAGGGCUCAAGAGUUGGGUGUAGAUGUGCUACUUGGUAAUGAAGCUAGCAAGGCUCAAGGGUGGAUUGUGGAUGGUGGUGAUGAAGAAGAUGACUCGGAUAUUAUUAGUGAAAUGGAGGGAGAGUCCUCGGGAGUGGAUAGUGGGCUUAGGAGAAGUUCUAGAAAUGUAGAGGUAAGAGAGCUUCAUGAUGAAGAUUUUGUAUCGGAUGAGGACACGGAAGAGGAGGGAGAAGAAGAGGAUGUUGAGUUUGAGUCCGAUACCGAAGGAGUCUUGGAUGGAUAUGGAGAGGAAGAGUUAGAGAUUUAG